AUGCUUCGCCUCUUCCCUGCUUUCUCAUUCCUUUCUUCGAUCCUUCCUUGCCUCACCCCUUUCUUCUCUCGCCCCUUCCUUGACUCGCCCCUUCCUUGUUCUCUCAUUCCUUGCUUCGCUCCUUCUUUAGUUUAUUCAUUCCUCGUUUCGCCCCGUCAUUGUUUUCUCAUUCCUUGCUUCGCUCAUUCCUUGCCUCACCCCGUUCUUGCUUCGAUCCUUUCUUGCUUCUAUGCACAAUACAAUCCUUACUUCAUUACUUCAUUCAUUCCUUAUUUAUUGUGCAUCCUUACUGACUACCUUUUACUUCCUUGCUCCCUUCAGUUAUUACUCUCUUGCUCACUAUUCUUUCCUUUCUUAUUCAUUUCAUUGCUAUUUUCAAUCAUUCCUUCCUUGGCAUGUUUUUACAUGCUUCUUUCCUUGCUGCUGUCUUCCUUACUCAAUUCCAUAUUUUCUUCUUUCUUUCCUUCGGUGGGAUCAUUCCUGACUUCCUUUCUUCAACGUAACCUUGCUACAAUCGUUGUUCAUUCCUUGCUUCUUUCUUUCAUUUGCUCCCUCCUUUUGUUUCUUUUCUGGUUUAAUUUCCUUUCUUUACACAUCCCGAAACAAUCUUCUUGCGACUCCGUUCAUCCCUUCUCUGUAGAUAUUACAUAUCUAUCUAUCUAUCUAUCUGUCUGUCUAUCUAUCUAUCUAUCUCUCCGUUCAUGUCAUUCUAUCUAUCCUAGUCUGUUCAUAUCUAUCUAUCUAUCUAUCUAUCUAUCUAUCUAUCUAUCUAUCUAUCUCAUUCUGUUCACAUCUAUCUCAGUUUACUCAUAUCCAUCUAUCUAUCCUAGUCUCAAGAUCCCAACCACACUUACUUUUUGGCAUUUUCUUUUGUUUUUGCUCACUGCUUCUUUCUUUCUUUCUUUCUUCAUUUCUUUCUAUCUUUCUUUCUUUCGUUUUUUCUUUCUUUUGAUUUUCCUAUCUACUUUCUUUAUGCUUCUUUUUUCUUUACUCUUUGCUUCUUUCUUUCUUUCGUUCUUUUUCUUUCUUCUUUCAUCAUUACUCACUGCUUCAUUCUUUCUUUCUGCUCCUUUUUUCUCUAUUUCUGUCUACCUUUUUUCUUCUUUUGUUUUUUCUCCCUGCUUUUUUCUUUCUCUCUUUCUUUCCUUCUUUCUUUCUUUCUUUCUUUCUUUCUUUCUUUUGUUGUUGCUCUCUGCUUCUUUCCUUCUUUCUUUCUUUCUUUCUUUCUUUCUUUUGUUGUUGCUCUCUGCUUCUUUCCUUCUUUCUUUCUUUCUUUCUUUCUUUUUUUGUUGCUCUCUGCUUCUUUCUUUCUUUCUUUCUUUCUUUCUUUUGUUGUUGCUCUCUGCUUCUUUCUUUCUUUCUUUCUUUUAUUUGUUAUUGUUGUUGCUCUCUGCUUCUUUCUUUCUUUCUUUCUUUUAUUUGUUAUUGUUGUUGCUCUCUGCUUCUUUCUUUCUUUCUUUAGAUUUUCCUAUCUACUUCUUUCUUUCUGCUUCUUUUUUCUUUACUCUCUGCCUCUUUCUUUCUUUUUCCUUUCUAUCUUUCUGUCUUUCUUUCUUCUUUCUUUCUGUUUUUUUUCAUUACUCACUUCUGUCGGCCUCCCAGGCCUGUCUUCCUCCUCAACACUGCUCUGUCCUUCUUUAA